AGUCUGUGAUGUAAUCAUCCUAUCUAUAAUCACAGAACAAUACUAUAUAAUCGUGGUGUGCGCCCGGCAUACAGUGAUGUAAAAUAAACGUCUUGUUCGUUUUUUAUCAAACACUGAUUUUUCACAUGCUUAUACCUGCCGUACCCAGUUGUGCAGUUAUAGAUAGUAGUUUAGUAGAUAACCUUGUCUUUUCUAAGUUGGACCUCAGUCAAAAUUAUAUUUAUUUGUGUUGAAGUAAAUCCGGUAUACGUUUAAAGUUAAUUCUGUUGCCGUCGUGCUCUCAUUUCGUAGUAUUUAUUCGUAGCCAAUUACCAUUUGCAAUUUACUAUUGGUAUUCAUUUUUAAUUAUUGUAAUAUAUUGAUGUAAUGAACGCUCAAAGGUUGACCACGUUUUUCGCCCAUCUGUUAAUCGGUACUUAAUUAUUAUGGAUGACAAAAUGAUGACCGUCUUUAAUCUACCGUAACAAAAAAAGUUUUCAAUAAUUGUUUGGUUAUCAACAUGUCACUCAUGGGAAAUAUGUGGAAGCCAAAUAUAUUAAUGCCAUCAAGUUGUCACGCACAAGCUGUUUGUCGGACGUUCACAAGGCGUUGUAAAAAAUCUUUAUCAGAUGAUCCUUCAUUAUUGUCUAUUUUAAAAAAGAGCACUAGAAGUUUCUUGAAAAAACAAGAUUUUGUUGUUCACAUUGCAAGAAAUAAAAAACUAAUGAUUGCUUGUAAAAAAAUGAUUGUUGUUGUUAAUAAGUUUAAACAAAAUUUAGCUAAACACAGAAGAAACUUGAUUAUGUGUGUAGCAAUGGCUUUUACAUUUGAUUGGUUUAAAGAAAGAAUAUGUGUAGAUGAACUAAUUAAACUGCGUCAAGAAUUUGAAGUUGUAAAAAAAUUAAAAAAACAAUUCACCUCUAAAAAUAAUCUUCAAAUUGAGAAAGGUGCUUGUAAUACACAACAAGUUGUCUCUAGUAUGGAUGAUAAAAAUGUAUCAAAGACUGAAAGUAUACAAAAAAAAUAUGAUUGUUCAUUUAAUAGCUGCGACUGUUCUAGAUGUAGAAAUAUGAAUGAAGAUGGAUGGGAACCUUUUACUAGUGGUUCAUAUUACAAUGUUUGGAAAAAACUAAAUGUUGACUAUCCAAAUCAAAAUUUGUAUAUUUAUAAAGUACAUGGAUCAUUUGAUGAUGUAACAGCAUUAGAUUAUAUGCAAGUUCAAUUAGAUAUCAAUUAUCGAAAAGAAUGGGAUGGUAUGUCUGUAGAUUUAGACAUUUUCGACUCAGAACCUCUUACCCACAGCGAUCUUAUUUAUUGGGAACUCCGUUGGCCGAAGUGGUUUCAAAAUCGUGAUUAUGUGUUUAAAAGACGUUAUAAAAUUGAUGAAGAUGAAAAACUAAUGCUAAUUGUUUGUCAAAGUAUUGAACAUCCUAAUUUUCCUGAAAACAAAAAUAAAUGGAGAGUAAAAAAUUAUUGGUCUUAUAUUGUCAUAAAACCACAUAAAGAUUUUGAUAAACCAGGAGUUGAAUUUUCAAUUACUUAUUUUGAUGAUCCCGGUGUAACAGUUUCAAAUUAUCUUACAUCCUGGUACCAAUCUAAAGGAAUGCCUUCAUUUUUAAAUGAUCAAAGAUUGGCAGCAUUAGAAUUAAAAAAACGACGCAUAGAACAAAAUAAUAAUUUAAUGUCAGAUAAAAGUAAUAUUGAAACUAUGCUAGAUCAACCAAAAGCUCAAACUUCUUGGAUGUCUUGGAUUUUUGGAUACUUUUUAUUUUAAAUUACAUCUAAAUCAAAGUCGUCUCAAUGGUUUGGCCACUAUGGCUGUUCAUCGGGGAAUUAUAAAUAUAACAUCCAAUUAAGUGCUGGAUGAAUUAGCAAAAAAAAA